GCCGUAUUUACAUAAUGUUUUAUGUUUUCAAGUCAUUUCAAUGGAGUUAUUCUAGUGGAGUCGGGUAACCUCAUUAAGACUGUGUUGCCCCUAAUGUUUGAAUUUUCGUAUAUGUUAAUUAAAAUAAACAAAACAUUUCCGUGCAUAAACACGGAAACCUAUGGAGAUCCAACUAUUUGUUGGGAAAUUGCACAGCUGCAACUUUAAGACAGAAGCGAACUCCCCCUCUUUUCUCGAACAAUGGUCUCAACCAACCACCGCUGUUCUCGCCGCUGAAUCCUUAACGUGCCAUUUUAUUACUAAUGGGCAUAUCUGGAAAUCAAAAUGUCAUCAAUAUACGGGACAGUAUCGCGUUUUUGAGGAUGCCAGCGGUGGAUAUUCAUGCGGGUUUCGCCGGAGCAGUGCUGAUUUUGGCCAGUGAAGCUUCCUUGUAGUGAAUCGGAUGAUUGGAGCAGCUGUGCGCUCGCGCUUAGAUUGCAGCUGUCAUUGAUAUUGCACAGUGAACACAGGUAAAGAUGAUGUGCGAAGUGAUGCCCACUAUCAGCGAGGACACGGCGAUGAGCCAGCGUGGCUCCCAGAGCAGCGCCUCUGACCCUGACUCGCAUUUUGAGCAGUUGAUGGUCAACAUGCUUGACGAGAGAGACCGUCUGUUGGACACCCUGAGAGAGACACAAGAAAGCCUUGCCCUCGCCCAGCAGCACCUGCAGGACGUCAUCUAUGACCGGGACUCACUGCAGCGUCAGCUCAGCUCCGCACUGCCACAGGAGUUUGCCGCCCUGACGAAAGAGCUGAACGCCUGCAGGGAACAGCUGCUGGAGAAGGAGGAGGAGAUUUCAGAGCUGAAGGCCGAGAGGAACAACACCAGACUGCUGUUGGAGCAUUUGGAGUGUUUGGUUUCGAGGCAUGAACGUUCCCUACGUAUGACGGUGGUGAAACGACAAGCCCAGUCUCCUUCUGGGGUCUCCAGUGAGGUGGAGGUCCUCAAAGCCCUCAAGUCCCUCUUUGAGCACCACAAAGCACUGGAUGAGAAGGUACGAGAGAGAUUGCGGGUGUCACUAGAGAGGGUCUCUGCCUUGGAGGAGGAGUUGGCCGCAGCCAAUCAGGAGAUUGUGGCCUUAAGAGAGCAGAAUGCCCACAUUCAGAGGAAGGUGGCGUCAGGAGAAGGGGCCGAGGACUUGUUGGAGGGAACCGAUGCUCAGAAAGUUCAUGGCAAGCGGUUGUCUAACGGGUCGAUGGAGUCGGGGGACGAGGCCAGUCAGGUGGUGGAGCUGCAGGAGCUGUUGGAGAAGCAGAACUACGAGCUGGCGCAGAUGAAGGAGCGCAUGUCCUCGCUGUCCUCUCGCGUGUCCGAGGUGGAGCAGGAGCUGGAGACGGCUCGCAAAGACCUCAUCAAGAGCGAAGAUAUGAACAACAAGUACCAGAGAGAUAUUAAAGAGGCUAUGUGUCAGAAAGAAGACAUGGAGGAACGGAUCGUGACUCUUGAGAAGCGCUAUCUCAGUGCCCAGAGAGAGUCCACAUCACUACAUGACAUUACAGACAAGCUGGAAAACGAACUGGCCAAUAAGGAAGCGUUCCUCAGACAGAUGGAGGAGAAGAACAGGCAGUUACAGGAGCGGCUGGAGUUGGCGGAACAGAAGCUCCAGCAGACCAUGAGGAAAGCUGAGACUCUGCCUGAAGUCGAGGCUGAGCUAGCACAGAGGAUAGCAGCUCUCACUAAGUCUGAUAUGGAAGCUAAACUCCAGGACAUGAACUGCAGUCUGAGGAAGGCGGAGGAGAGACACGGCAGUAUCGAGGAGCGGAUGAGACAUUUAGAGGGACAGCUGGAGGAAAAGAACCAGGAACUGCUCAGGGCUCGACAGAGAGAGAAGAUGAAUGAGGAACACAACAAGCGUCUGUCAGACACUGUGGACAGACUCUUGACAGAGUCGAAUGAACGUUUACAGCUUCACCUGAAAGAGAGAAUGGCCGCUCUUGAGGAUAAGAAUGUGUUAAUACAAGACUCUGAUAACUACAGGAAGCAGUUAGAAGACUCCAUACAGGAAAAGUCUCAUCUCUCGGAGGAGAUCGAGAAACUGAGAUCUGAACUGGAUCAGUACCGAUUGAGGGCCGGAUCCCUUACAGAGCCUACGCUGUCACGGUCUCAUCUGGAUGCAUCCGGAGAUCUGCGUUUUUCUCUGGGUUCUCUUGCCGAGACGCAAUCAGACCAUUAUCGCUCCACCAAGGUGAUCCGCAGGCCCAGGAGAGGACGCGUGGGGCUACGUAGGGACGAACAGAAGGCUAAGUCUCUGGGAGAGCACGAAUGGCGCUCUCAGCAACUUGGCGUUCUGGGCAGCCACCCGUUCGAGAGCGACACGGAGAUGUCAGAUAUCGAUGACGACGACAGAGAGACCCUUUUCAGUUCUAUGGAUCUACUGUCUCCUGGAGGACAUUCAGAUGCUCAGACUCUGGCAAUGAUGCUGCAAGAACAACUGGAUGCCAUCAAUAAAGAGAUCCGGCUGAUCCAAGAAGAGAAGGAGUCGACAGAACUGAGGGCAGAGGAAAUCGAGAACCGCGUGGCCAGCGUGAGCCUGGAGGGGCUGAACCUGGCGCGGAUGCACCAUCCCGGAGCCUCCAUCACUGCCUCGGCCACUGCAUCCUCCCUCACCUCCUCCUCCCCUCCUAGCGGACACUCCACCCCCAAACUCACCCCGCGCAGCCCCGCCCGCGACAUGGAGCGCAUGGGGGUCAUGACACUGCCCAGUGACUUGCGGAAACACAGGAGAAAGAUCGCAGCAGUGGACGAGGACGGUCGAGAGGACAAGGCCACCAUCAAAUGCGAGACCUCGCCACCUCCCACACCUCGCCAAGUCCGCAUGACCCACACGCUGCCUGCUUCUUCGCACAAUGACGCACGCCUGACGGCUGCAUUAGAGACAGAGGCCAGUGCUCUGAGCAGUGUAGCCAGCAGUCAAGACUCCCUCCAUAAACAGCCAAAGAAGAAGGGCAUCAAGUCCUCCAUUGGACGUCUGUUUGGGAAGAAAGAGAAGGCCAGACUGGGGCAGCUGGGGAAAGAGAUUAUGGGACCAGGACAAGGGAAUAUAUCCGAUCCUGAGCUUCUAGGUCAGGAUAUUGCAGUGGGAAAGCUGGGAACACAGGCGGAGAAAGAUCGCAGGCUUAAAAAGAACGGACACGAGUUGUUGGAAGAAGCCAGAAGAAAAGGGUUACCUUUUGCUCAGUGGGAUGGUCCUACAGUUGUCGCGUGGUUGGAGCUGUGGCUAGGGAUGCCAGCGUGGUAUGUCGCAGCUUGUCGUGCCAACGUAAAAAGCGGCGCUAUCAUGUCAGCCCUGUCGGACACCGAGAUCCAGAGAGAGAUCGGCAUCAGCAAUCCUCUGCACCGCCUCAAACUGCGCUUGGCCAUCCAGGAGAUGGUCUCGCUCACCAGCCCUUCGGCUCCCCCUACAUCUAGAACCCCGUCGGGUAAUGUGUGGGUAACCCACGAGGAAAUGGAGACCCUUGCCGCCCCCUCCAAAACGAAAUCUGAGUCAGAGGAGGGGAGCUGGUCACAGACACUGGCAUACGGGGACAUGAACCACGAGUGGAUUGGGAACGAGUGGCUGCCCAGUCUAGGUCUACCUCAGUACCGCAGCUACUUCAUGGAGUGUUUGGUGGACGCACGCAUGCUUGACCACCUCACCAAGAAAGAUCUCCGAGUGCAUUUAAAAAUGGUGGACAGCUUUCACAGAACCAGUCUGCAGUACGGCAUCAUGUGCCUGAAGAAGCUCAACUACGACAGGAAGGAACUGGAGAGACGCAGAGAGAGCAGCCAGCACGAGAUAAGAGACGUGCUGGUGUGGACUAACGAGCGCGUGAUUCGCUGGGUCCAGAGCAUCGGUCUCCGUGACUACGCCAACAUCCUGUUAGAGAGCGGAGUGCACGGGGCGCUCAUAGCGCUCGACGACAACUUUGACUACAGCAGCCUGGCCCUGCUGCUGCAGAUCCCCAACCAAAACACUCAGGCUAGACAAAUUCUGGAAAGAGAGUACAACAAUCUGCUGGCGCUGGGAACGGAGAGACGAUUAGAUGAGUGCGACGAGAAAGACUUCCGAGGACCGUCAUGGAGGAGGCAGUUUCCUCGGCGGGACAUCCACGGGAUCAGCAUGAUGCCCGGCUCAGCAGAGACCCUGCCCGCCGGCUUUCGCCUCACUGCCACCUCCGCACACUCACGCAGACUGCCACCAGAGGUCCUGUAUGAGGCGAUGGACGACAGUCCUGACGACAUGUAUUUGGACUGGUUUCAAGUUGGACCAUCGGCGGUACAGCGUCUGGACAGCUCCACUGUGAGGACCUACUCUUGCUGAGAGAACAUCAAUACUAUAAGCUACUCGUACCUUAAAGAUGGCCUGAACAAACAAUUCCGACGAGUCACACUGCCAAGAGAACAACAGAAGCCCGCGGAGGACAGGGCGAGGAGGCGGGGGACCCAGGCGUCCGCCGCAGGCGCCGACACGCUCUCACUCUUUCUGUCUUUCACGCCACGCGGCUCCUUCGGCUUAAGUACUGUGUAUUUCUUCUACAGGGGAUGUGUAGGUUCAACUGUAAAUCACUAUAAAUAAAGCUGUUUUAUAUAUAAAUAUAUAUAAAUAAAUAUAUAUGCAUACACACACAUCUGUAUAAAAAGAUCACACGUUCAGAGUUUGUGCACAUUGUGUCCUUUAACGUCAUGGUUUUAAACGAUGCUGCUGUUCUAAUUUUUCCACUACGACCCAGAGACACUUUGGACAUGCUGUUACUUUUUAGUCAUUCAGUCAUGCGUUUUGAGGCCUGUCGUGGUCUGCCGAUUGGAAGCCCCUCGACCAAAAGCUACAUGUACCCAUCACAGUCUACGUCACGCCAGUUACUCGCUCGUACCCCUACGGAGCCCCCUAUAUCUGCUCCAGGUGCAGGUCUGACCUAAACCUGAAAGAAACACACCUACUCAACAAAUACGUCAAGUGUAGGAUUUGGUGAAAUGGCAUUCGCAGUCCUUUCACAUAUUAGCCUACGAUGUGAAAAAUAUUUAUCAUGAACUGAAAUAAUAUCACCUGUUCAUCGUUAAUUCAUAAACUGGAUCUUGAAAAGCAAGUAGCUACUACAUACAAGAUCAGAAUGUCAUUUUGCAAUGAAUUUUGAGAAACAACCACUCCUGAAAGAUACUACAGAAAAACAAUUCUUACAGCACUGAUGCUUUCAGGAGCCUUAAUACCUAUUUUUCAUCCAUUUGACAUUCAUUUAUUUGUUCAUCAAACAAUCUGUUCAAACACGUGCUUAAAAUCUUUAGGGGGUUUGCAACAAUGCUCGCCAAUUGAUCCUUCACGGUAAGGCGUAUUGAAGAACACGAGUAAUUGGAUAUUCUCUCAUGUGUACGCUCGCAUUUCUUAUUGUUUGGUUAAAGAACGUAAAACGCCAAUUGUUUCCCGUCGUGAGUAGCACAAAAUUGUACCGCCGGAGCACGGUGCGUAUUCGUUGUGACGUGGACCGCUCGUCUCGGAGUACGAAACACAAAUCUGUCGCUGCGCCUGUUGCCGAUAGGCUGGCCUCGUCUUGAGAGCGUCCGACCGCCUUUCGUUAGAACAAAUCGCUAAAGGACAGGCUUAGCUCGUAGUGAACGUAGACUUACUUGCUGUGACUUACUUUGGUGUAAAAAUGUUUCUGUUCGAGACGCGGGGGACGUCUGUUGUACAGCCCUCCACCUCCCGUCUUUCGGUUCUAUCAGACACUUCGACGGUUUGUACGUCCCUGUUUUGCACGCGCAGAGAAUCAUUUUAUUUUGUGUCCAUUUUUUUAUUUAUUACUGAUUGUAUUUUGGUCAAAACUAUGUGGUGAUCAAACAACUUUUCAUUGUCAAUAAAAAAUUACAGUCAAAUAGGUUUGCUUUAGAACAAUCAUUGUCACAAUGUUUUUACAAUGCAUCUCCUCGAGCUGACGCUACACUACAUGACAUUACAUUUCACCUUCAUUGACUGAGUCAUAGUUUAGUGUGUUGCAAGGUCAAUCUCACAGAAACUGUCAACAGUGUGUCCGGGUUAUAUAUAACAAUCAGAAUUUAAUGCUGGGUACACACCGCAAGAUAAUCGGGCUCAUUUUGGGCCGAUUUCUCCCCUUCCGACAAUCCUAGGUAAUGUCCCAAUUAUCUUGGUGGUUCUAAAGAUUAUCUUGUGGUGUGAGGUGUGUUAAGAGUGACUGAAUCUGCUCGGAAGAACGUCGGAGGUGCCCCGAUCGCGAAUACAUGUUGUCAUAAAUCCUGAUGUGUGGCGGGACACCCUGAGGACACCACACACUAUAAGAGCAAAACGGUUAAAUCUACGAUUUUUGGUUCUCAUGUUUGUGGUCUGUCACAUUUUGAAGAUCUUAGUGUGUACCCAGCAUAAGACAAUGCAACCAAAUU